AUGAGGAUCUGCGGCCCGCUGGCUGCGCCUUGGUGGCGUGUCCUCUUGCUCUCCUGGCUUUGGACAUUUGCCCUAGCUAAGGACGAGCCCACCAUCUCCGCCUCCAAAAUUGAGGGUUACCCUCGCAACAUCAACUACUUCGAAGACAGCGACUCGGUCAUAUGGCAUAACAUCGAUACCGGCAACAUAUUCUGGUCCAAGGAUGCUGGCGUUCAGUGGGCCAGGGUCGGCGACGUCGACGAGGGCAAAGCCGUCCUGCUCAUCAUACAUCCUCACGAAGCCAAGACGGCCUUUAUUCUGACUGCUCACCAAGAGCAUUACAUGACGCAGGAUCGCGGCGAAACUUGGUCCAAAUUCGACUCUAAAGCGCCUCCGAGUCGAUUCCAGCCUGAAGUCUUGACUUUCAACGCCGCCGAUCCGAAGCGCAUAAUUUUCAACGGCAUGGAUUGCGACGAAAUAUUUUGCGACGAAGUGGCCAUCUAUACCACCGACGGUUUCAAGACUGUUGACAAGCUACGUGAAGAUACAGCUGGCUGUUGGUGGGCCAAAUCGUCGCUAGAAUUUAGCACCGGCGACAACGACCUGGACAAGUCUAGAAUUUUGUGCAUUAUCCGUGACGAGCUUUCCCCGCGGAGACAAGAACAGCGUCUCGUCGUUUCGGACGACUUCUUCAAGAAAGAAAAAGGGGAAAUCCAAGAAUUUGAACCCGAUCUCGACAUCACCAAGCCCGUUCGUGGCGUCAACAAUAUAGCAAUCAUCAAGGGCUAUCUUUUGGUUGCGACGAGCUCGGCCGGAAGCGACGAGAUGGCUCUCUAUGUGACUGAUGACACAAAGAAGUGGCAUCGCGCCAUAUUUCCUAGCUCGGACUCCCACGAGCACUCUCAUGCCAUCAACCAAGGCGCCUAUACCGUUCUGGAGAGUACAAACUACAGCAUCCAGGUCGAUGUCAUGACUUCGGCUCCCUCUAGACCCAUGGGUGUCUUGUUCACCAGCAACUCCAAUGGCACAUACUUUACCGAGAACAUGCCGUACACGAACCGAGACAGAAAGGGCCACGUCGAUUUCGAAAAUGUCAGCGGGAUCCAGGGCGUCUACCUUGUCAACACCGUUGAAAACGGAGCAGAUGUUGAUAAGCACGGCAAAACAAAGGUCCUGGUCAGCAAAAUCACCUUCGACGACGGCAGAACCUUUGAAUCCCUCAAAGCCGGAGAGGACACAAUUCAUUUGCAUUCGGUCACCGAAUUAGACAAUAUUGGCCGUGUAUUUUCCAGCCCCGCGCCUGGUCUGGUUAUGGGCAAUGGAAAUACUGGCAAAUCGCUCAAAAGGCCUUCGGAGUCGAAUCUAUACGUUUCCGACGAUGCUGGUCGAACCUGGAAGCAGGCGCUUGAAGGCCAGCACAAGUACGAGUUCGGCGACUCCGGCUCGAUUCUUGUUGCCGUCAAAGAUUCAGACAAGCCCGACAUCGAUAAGUUCUCGUUUUCUUUAGAUCAUGGCGAGAAAUGGAACACUGUUUCUUUCCCGGAUGAUCUAAAGAUAAGACCUGAGUUUCUCACAUCAGUGCAGGAUGCUACCAGUCUCAAAUUUCUUCUUGUUGGCUCUCAUAAGGGAGAAUAUCACAGCAUUGCCAUUGAUUUCGAGGGUCUGCACGAACGAAAGUGUGGCGAUGAUGACAUGGAGGAAUGGCAUGCACGCGUCGAUGCUGAUGGCAAGCCACAGUGCAUCAUGGGUCACAAACAGUCUUUUACGCGCAGAAAGAAGACGGCAGACUGCUUCAUCAAGAGCGAGUUCAAGGAGCCAAUAGCCAAGACGGAGGACUGCGAAUGCUCCGAUGCCGACUUUGAAUGCGAUUUCAACUUCCAGCGCGACUCCGAAGAUCACACCAAGUGCAAGCAAGUUGGAUCAUUGGUUAUCCCGGAAGGUUCGUGUAAGGGAGAUGAGAAGUCGUUCAAGGGGUCUUCGGGCUGGCGACUGAUUCCCGGCAACACGUGCAAGAGGAAAGACGGUGAGCAGAAAGACGAUGCCAUUGAGCGCGAAUGCAAGGAUGGUGGAAAGGACAAUGGCAAGGACGACGGCAAAGACGAUGGCAAGGACGGCAAGGAUGGGGGUGACGAUACCGACCCUUCUAGCGGCGGCGUUUCCCACAAGAAGAAUGACUUUGACACCGACCUGAACGACUUUCAGAAGUUUUAUCUCGAGCGCGGCGAAGCGAGCUCAUCAAAGGAUGAGACAGUCAUUGUGCGCGCUGCUGAGCAGGGUAGCGGUGGCCAGUUGAAAGUCGACGACCGUUUAUGGCGAUCGCCUGACCACGGCAAGAAAUGGGAGCGCAUCCUUGAGGGAGAGAGAAUUCAGAACAUUUUUCCUCACGAGUACUUUAACGAUGUGGUUUACUUCACUACCGUUGAAGAUAGCAAAGUCUUUUACACUAUUGAUCGAGGACAAAGCUUUCACCCGUUCACGGCUCCCUCAGAGCCAUUCGAGGAUGGCCCAUUCAGCUUCCACCCGGACAAGAAGGACUGGAUCCUUUGGGUUGGCAAGACGUGCGAAAAGGUAGGCAGCAAAGAGUUCUGCUACUUGAAAGCCUCUAUUUCGACUGAUCGUGGCGACGACUGGCGUACGCUACGUAAGUAUGUCGAGAAGUGCGAGUUCACCGGCAAUUCCGAAUACAAUAUCCGUGCUGAGAAGCAAAUUGUCUGUCUCGCUCAUCGCGAGGAGAAUGAAGACUCUCCCUUGACAAUCAUCACCAGCGAUGACUUCUUCGAUGAGGACGUAAUCAUGCUCGACAAUGAAGUAAGCAACUUCAUCACAAUGAGCGAAUACAUCAUCUUGGCUGAGAAAGACCAGAAGACCGGAGGCGUCAAGCCUCUGGUCAGUGUCGAUGGCAAGCAUUUUGAGAAUGCGCACUUCCCUUAUAAGUUCCAAGAAGGCCACGAAAGCGAGUACACAGCUUUGGACAGCUCCACGCAUGCUCUCAAUCUGUUUGUUAAGACGGAUGACGGCGCAGACCACCAAUACGGCUCCAUUAUCAAGAGCAAUUCCAAUGGCACGUCCUUUGUGCUCAGCGCCUCCAACGUAAACUGCGAUGAUACGCCAUACGUCGACUUUGAAAAGGUUGCAGGCUUGGAAGGAUUCGAGCUCAUAAACGUUGUUACCAAUCCUGGCAAAGAGGAGAAGACCAAGAAGAUCCAGACCAAGAUUUCUCGCAACGAUGGUGCCGAAUGGGGCUACCUGGCUCCUCCGAGUAAGGAUGCCGAUGGCAAAUCAUACUCUUGCAGCAGCUCCAAGGGUGACAAGUCUUGCGCCCUCCACCUUCACCAUUACACGGAGCGCGAUGACAAGCGCAAGACUUUUGCUGCCGCUACUGCUGUCGGACUCAUGUUUGGCAUCGGCAAUGUCGGCUCUAUCCUCGGUGACAUUAAAGAGGCAGACACGUUUAUGACUGCCGAUGGCGGUAUCACCUGGCGCAACGUCAAGAAAGGACACUGGACCUGGCAGUAUGGCGACCAAGGAUCUAUCAUUGUGCUAGUAGAACGUGCCACACAUGACAAUAAAGCCAGCACCAACAUUGUAUCCUACUCCACCGACGAGGGCAAGACAUGGACGGACUACAAGUUCACAGACGACAAAGUCACCGUGCUCGACAUCACUACGCUUUCGUCUGGCACCUCGCGGAAUUUUCUCCUCUGGUGCAGAUCAGAGUCGGGCAAAGUUUUUACCGUCAACCUCGACUUUACUGGCCUCACCGACAAGGUUUGCAAGCUUGGCAGCCUUGGAAAGGAGGGCGGCGAUACUGAUUAUGACCUUUGGUCUCCCAAACACCCCAUGCUGAACGAUGACUGUGUAUUCGGUCACGUCGCCAAAUAUUUGCGCAAGAAGCCGGACCGAAAUUGCUACAAUGGGCAGGACAUUCAGCGUCUGUAUAAGAAGGAGAACUGCGCUUGCAGUCGACGCGAUUAUGAAUGUGCCUACAACUUUGAAAUGGACAAUAGCGGGCAGUGCGUCUUGGUCAAGGGCCUCGAGCCAUUAUCUGGCAAGGAGUGGUGUGAAAAGAAUAAUGCCACGACCUACUUUGAGCCCACGGGCUACCGCCGACUGCAGCUAACGACGUGUGAGGGCGGCAAAGAGUACGACAAGACGUCGACUGAGCACGACUGCGCCGGGUACGAAGGGGAGGUGGCCAGGAAGCGCAAGGCGUCGGGCGUGGCCAUUUUCUUUGCCGUGGUGAUUCCGAUUGCGGCGGCCCUCGCGGUCGGCUGGUACGUGCACCGCAACUGGUCGGGCAAGUUUGGUCAGAUACGCCUCGGCGAGUCGUCGGCGGCGACGUUUGAUAGCGACCAGCCGUGGAUCAAAUAUCCCGUCAUCGCCAUUUCCGCCGUCGUCGCCUUGGCCGCGGCGCUGCCGGUGCUGGCCGCCAGCGUGUGGCGCACCGUCUUUGGUGCAUACCAGCGCGCGGGAGGUGGUGGUGCCGGAGGUGGCAGGAGCUGGAAUCGUCGCUUCACGACGAGACAGAGCUUUGCCCGCGGAGGCGAGUAUUCGCGCGUCGAAGACUAUGAUGGGGAGCUGCUGGGCGAGGACAGCGACGAGGAUGUAUAG